GGCACUAUCGGGCCUAAAGUUAGAGACUCCCUGUGUGACCUGGUGUCUCAGAGGUGACCCUGGCCUGCUGGCCCAGGGAGGCUUCCAGGGCAGGGAGACGGCUGCUGUCUGGUGGCCAUGGCUAGCCCUGAGUUUUCAUCACUGGAGCAGAGCCUAGAGGAGAAUCUUCCCCCGGCUGACCUCAGCAACGUCCGGCGAAUCCUGUUUGGGAGAGAGACCAGGAAGCUCGACCUGCCCCUCAGUGCCCUGGUCAAUGCCUCUCAGCAGGACUUUGAGCUGCUGGCCUUUGCCUUUGAGGCCUCUGAGGAGCAGCUGAGACCAGCCAGGCUGAUCCGCGUGGGGCUUGUGCAGAACCGGAUCCUACUUCCUCCAGAUGCUCCAGUGUCUGAGCAGGUGGGCGCCCUGCACAGACGCAUUGCAGAGAUCGUGGAGGUGGCUGCCCAGUGCGGGGUGAACAUUGUCUGCUUCCAGGAGGCAUGGACCAUGCCCUUUGCUUUCUGCACAAGAGAGAAGCUGCCCUGGACGGAGUUUGCUGAAUCUGCGGAGGACGGCCCCACGACCAGGCUCUGCCAAAAGCUGGCUAAGACCCACAACAUGGUGGUGGUGUCGCCUAUCCUGGAGCGGGACGAGGCUCAUGGGGAUGUCCUGUGGAACACCGCGGUGGUCAUUUCUAACUCCGGGGCUGUGCUGGGCAAGACGCGGAAGAACCACAUCCCCCGGGUGGGCGACUUCAACGAGGCCACAUACUACAUGGAAAGUACCUUGGGUCAUCCCGUUUUCCAGACACCCUUUGGGCGGAUUGCUGUGAACAUUUGCUAUGGCCGCCACCACCCCCUCAACUGGCUCAUGUACAGCCUGAAUGGGGCUGAAAUCAUCUUCAACCCCUCAGCCACCACUGGGGAGCUCAGUGAGUCCCUGUGGCCCAUUGAGGCGAGGAAUGCUGCCAUCGCUAACCAUUGCUUCACCUGCGCCAUCAAUCGCGUGGGCGUGGAGCACUUUCCCAGAGAGUUCACGUCUGGGGACGGAAAGCCAGCGCACCGUGAUUUCGGCUAUUUCUACGGCUCGAGCUACGUGAGCGCCCCGGAUGGCCGCCGCACCCCCGGACUGUCCCGCACCAGAGAUGGACUGCUGGUGGCCCAGUUGGACCUCAACCUCUGCCGGCAGAUGGGUGACCUCUGGAACUUUAAGAUGACUGGGCGACAUGCGAUGUAUGCAGAGGAGCUGGCCAAGGCAUCCCAGCCGGACUACAGGCCCCACAUCAUUAAGGAGUAGAAGCCCAGGCCAGGCGGGUCUCCUGGCCUCACAGAAGAACCCUGUCUCCAUCUUCAUCAUCUCCAUCCUUCCCUCCCCACUUCCGUCUUCCAGGCCAGCCUUAGCCCAUGCUGGCUGGCAGCCUGGAGGGCAGACCCGGGUCCCAGGGCUGCCGGAAGCCCU